AUGAACAACGAGCAGUUCCGACGGCUGCUAGCCGAUAAUUCCUCCUCGGCCAAGUCUGGAGACAAAUCCUCACCCUCAUCCCGAAAUGCAGCACCCGGCAGCGCAACGCCAGGCGGCGGGUUACUCGGUUCGCGCAUGCGAUCCAACAUUCCUAUGACCCCACGCGCUGUAACAGGCGUCGAUUUUGCGCGCCAACUCGCAGAGCAGCGCCGCGAGGGAGGCGACCGACCCACGAAACGAUUCAAGUCCUCCGCCGCACCAAAAGGCUCCAAGUUAGCAGCCGGAUACCAAGAUCGCGCCCAGCUGCGCAAUGCAGCUGCCGAAGAAGAAAAGGAAGAUGAGCUCUCGCAGCGCAUCAAAGCCCUAGAAGACAUGGUGAAACUAGGUCAAAUCGACCAAGCCACAUUCGACAACUUGCGAAAAGAACUUGGUGUCGGCGGUGAUACUGGAAGCACACAUAUGGUCAAAGGUCUUGAUUAUGCGUUGCUUCGCCGAGCUCGUGCUGGUGAGGAUGUCUCACAGGCCCCCGAGAAACCUGAGCCCUCGCCAGCAGACGAGGCGCUUGUCGGCGAAGAUGCGGAGGAGGCAUUUGAGCGUUUGAUGGAGGAGAAGGGACAGGAGGAGGUACAAGCUGCACCGAAAGAGCAGAAGGAGAAGAAAAAGGGCACGAUGGCGCCUCCGCCGGCGCGCAAGAAGACAAGGGACGAGAUUCUACAAGAACUGAGGAGUAAGCGGGCUGCCGCGAGUGUGCCUGCCCCGCCGCCUGAGUCGGUGCUAGGAGCCAAGUUCAAGAAACUUGGGGAUGGAAGACCGGAGAAGAAGCGGUUCGUGGAGACGGAUGAGAGGGGGAGGAGGCGGGAGGUCUUGCUUAUCACUGAUGCAGAGGGCAAGACGAAACGGAAGACGCGUUGGCUUGAUAAGCCUGGUGAAUAUGUUAGGCCUGAUGCGAUGCCGAUGCCCGAUAAAGAUGCGAAACCGCUUGGAAUGGAGGUCCCGGCUGAGAUUGCGGCCAAGAUUGCUGCUAAUGCUGCUGCACUGGAAGAGGAGGACGAUGGUGAUAUCUUUGCGGAUGUUGGCGCGGAUUACGAUCCUCUUGCUGGCAUCGAGGAUGAAGAAGACUCCUCAUCUGAUGAGGAGGGAGAGUCGAAAGAUACGACCAAGGCGGCACAGAAAGAGGAGAAGGCCUCUACAGAAAAGGAUGGCCAAAUCCCUGGGACCGAAGCACCUUCCUCCAAGCCUCGCAACUACUUUGCCACCGGUUCUUCUUCCGAGGCUGUUGAGGAGCAGCCAGAUGAUCGUUCAAACCCUCUCACCAAAGAUCCCACUAUUCUCGCCGCGCUCAAGCGAGCAGCUGCUCUCCGGCAGGCCUCGCCGUCCGCUGCAGACGAGGGCGAGUCCACCGAGUCCUCACUGCGGCAAAAGAAGUUCCUCGAGGAAGCUCGACGACGGGAUGCCAUGGAUGCUGCGGAUAUGGAUCUCGGGUUCGGAGGCAGCCGGAACGAGGAUGAUGAAGAUGAUGAAGCUGUGUUGCUUGAUUUUGAGGACUCGGGUCCCAAGAAGCGAAAGCGUGGGCCUAAGAAGAAGAAGGGCGACAAGGACAGUGUGGAUGAUGUGAUGCGUGUGUUGGAAGGACGAAAGAAGGAGUCUGGCUAG